AUGGGGUUCUCAGCCUUUCCGGCGGGGUUUGAAACCCUUCAAAUCACCGGUCUUCAAAUCCUCUGUAAAGAGUUUAUCACGAAAUCCCUCAACGCCUUCUGCAACCCAGCGACUUUCAGUUCUUAUGUAGUCCGGUCCAAUGCUGACCCAAGCUCUGAUGGCAACGAGCUGUCACUGCAACCAUGUGGUGCCGCGAUUCUCCAGCUGCUGCAAUACCUGUGUCUUCGAACACGGGACCGCAAAACACACCCGCCUUCGUUCAUUAUUGGUAGAUUGGACGAUUUAUUAGCUCUUGCAAAAGAAAACUUUUACGCAUUUCCUUACAACAGUGUCCCAUUUUGCUGGAGGGAGCUUUUCCGAGUGGCGAGCUUCAUGAAAAUCUGUGUGCUGGCUACACAGCGCAAUUGGGUGUCAGAAUCUGGCGAGCCAAAUGAGACAAUAGAACUAAGCGAUCAUAUUUCGACCCCACCUCUUACCGCAGAUAUAAUCAACGGAAUUGUGGAAACGAUCGAUACUGCUAUUAUAAUGGCUGGUUCCCCACCAUCGAAUACCACCCAGGAUGCCAUUGACUGCCUUUUGGAACUCUUGGAGAAAAUUGAUGCCCAAAGUUUUCACUCAGAGCCACAUGACAUUCUGGGCGACGAUACAUUAACUCAACCAUCCUCGAAGCGUCAAAAGACGAAUCACAGCUAUACCACGGAUCAAUUUCCUGAACCUUCUAUCCUGAUUCCAACUAUAUCCAAAGCGGUGCCGGAGUUAGUAAAUCCAUCUUUUGGAAAAUUCGAGAGGCACAUGUUGUACCCAUAUAACAACAACCUUGGACCAGAACCAUUGAUCAUCCCGGGUGUCAUGGAACACUGGCCAGCUCGUGCAGAACGGCCAUGGAACAAACCUUCAUAUCUGAUGUCUCGAACGAUCGGGGGACGACGGCUAGUUCCCAUCGAGCUUGGAAGAAGCUAUGUUGACAGUGGCUGGGGCCAAAAGAUAAUACCAUUUCGGGAAUUCUUAGAACAGUAUAUGAUGCAAGAUCCAACUGUGGAAAGCCGUGGCGUUGGUUAUCUUGCUCAGCACAACCUCUUCAGUCAAAUUCCGACUCUGAGAAACGACAUUUGUGUUCCAGAUUACUGCUUCGCAACUUGCUCGCCACCACAUCAUUCAUCUCCUCUUUUUUCAAAGCACACCAAAAUGGCCCAAUUGGAAGAACCGCUUUUGAAUGCUUGGUUUGGCCCUGCGGGUACCAUUAGCCCUCUACACACUGACCCGUAUCACAACAUUCUGGCCCAAGUGGUUGGUAAGAAAUAUGUCAGGUUAUAUGCGCCACGGGAAAGUGAAAAGCUAUACCCAAGAGGAAUUGAGAGGGGAGGAGUGGAUAUGAGCAAUACGAGCGAGCUUGAUGUUGGCACGCUUAUUGGCUGGGAUGGAACAGAGGAGGAAAGAGCGCUUGCGCAUCGAAAAUUCACACUUUUCGCACUCGCCGAUUAUGUCGAGUGUGUUUUGGAAGAGGGUCAGUGUCUGUACAUACCUUUGGGCUGGUGGCACUACGUCCGGAGUCUCAGUCCCAGUUGCAGUGUAAGCUUUUGGUUCAAUUCAACCGAGGAGCAUCAGGAUAACAAUUGAGCAAUCCCAAAGCAAGUAUACCACUCUCCAUCUUCUCGCCUUCUUGCUUCCUAGUGUCAACUCAACCCGAGUGGGUUUCGCACAGCAUACUGAGAACAACCUAUUCUUGCAAAAGUAGGGUUGUACGCAAGCACUGAAGAAACCCCCAGCAACCAAUGUUGGCAAUUGUUGGCGAAGGCCUCCUCCGACCAGAGUGCACGGAUGGCCUCAAUCCUGUAGUCGCUCCUUCCCUUCGUCCAAUACACAACAUUAUCGAAGCAAUUAUAGCUGCUAGUGUGCGCAGAUCUCGCAAAAAUGGAAGGCAUGACCAAGAACCACAAUCCCAACCCAAAUCUUCAAAACCCUGACGGUUCCCUCCUGCCCUUUUUCUUUAUUCCUCUCCCAAAACACAUUUCUUCUGCACCAUCGACACCACAUCUCUCACUUCAACCAAACGUCAUCAUCUGCUGUGAAAUGGACUCUCACCGGCUCCUGAGGAACAUCCCGUUGUUUUUGGUUGGACUAUCGAGGAAGGGCCAAUGCACUACCGUCCACCAUAUUUCCAACGACAAUUUUCGUUUUGGAUGGUGCGGCUCUUUCUCAGGCCUGCUAUUUCAAUGGGGAAAUGGCACUAUAGGCGGUACCUGACUACGAAGUUCGCUCUUUCUCGCACAAUUAAGUGGUUUGUUGUUUUCGAUUUCUGGCACGGAUGAGGGGUGUGGGGAGACCUGUUUUUGAAUCUUUUUUUUGUUUGAUGGCUUUGACGAGGUCGAGAACAUUCCCGACCACCCCGCCCUUUUUUUCCGGUGUUAUCGUAUUUUGUUGACUUGGUUGGGCUAUGCUGGUAAGUGAAACUUGUACAAAUAUACUGCUUGUGAGCCACUCAAGUUUUGUCUAAUAAACUUCUAACAACCUGGCACUGCAGCGUGUACCCCAUCUCCACACCGUCGCCCCAAUCGAUAUAUAGCAAGGACUUGAGAUUAUCACGCCAUUAAUCAUCGGCAUCCAUCAGUACAAUGGCCUCCAUGGCUCUUCGAUUUUGUCGGUAGCCACAUCCCUGCACGAUCCCAUGAAGCAGAAUGAAGAUCAGCCCCAAAUCCUGACAGCAGUACGACUACUGGUCACGUACCAUCUUUUGAUAUAUCUGAGAGAAAUCGGAAUGCCCUGAGGGAAAUUAACAUAUUGGAGCACGUGAUAUCAUGGGUCUGUAAUACGCGCGCCCUUGGGUCAGAAACGGUAAGAAAAGGAUUCCCUGUCGAAUGAGGAGGGAUUUCAAAGGAUGCUCGUUCACAUUCUCGACCUGGAGAGUGGGUUUCGUCGUAUACUGACUGUCGCAGGAUCAUAUUUUAGCGCCUGCGGUCGUCAUACUUUUGGCCCCACUAGCAGCCAAAACAAGAUCCGCCAGCAGAUGGCUCGGGUUUGGUCACAAUAACUCCGUGAUACUCGUACGUUAUCUUUGUUCAGAUCAGAACGUGGGAGCUCCUCGAGAACGUUGCGUCCAUCAUCUGCAUUUGGACAUCAAUCUCCUCUCACCGGUGUUUGUCAGUCCUCGCACCGCGCGUCGUCAAUGUGACUUCAAUACAGUCAUCAGCACCAUACCAUCAUAGUGGCUAUGCUAAUGACUUUCAACUCUUGAGACUCAAUCAACGCCGUCUUGACGAAAACGUGGUAUGACUGAAGUAUAUAAACUAUAGGGUCUUUGAGGAAAACAAGCUUUCACGAUGCCUUGACUAAAAUACUCAAGUCGCACAGCUAACCCUUUCCGUCUUUUGUUGUGUCAACACCCACGAGCUUCAACAAAUCAAGAAAUCAGAAUUGGCAUAUUUCACAUGAUUUCAAGGUCAACCCUAUUCGUUCCAUUUCUUUGGGUGCUCACUGCCGAUCAGAAUGGUCUAUUGUGGCAAGCCUUCAACAGGAUGCCAAGCAUGCAGGGACAAGAAAACACGGGUACGUAAAUCUAUUCGCUUAAUCUAACACUUCUAAUCGAUCAUUGCUGACAAACUUCAUGUUUAGUGUGACCGUGGUACACCAUCUUGCAGUCAGUGCCUUAGGGCUGAUAGGAAAUGUCCCGGGUAUCGCAAUCAAUUGGAUCUGAUGUUUCGAAAUGAGAGCCAAGCGGUAAUUGUCAAAUCCAAGCAACAGAAUUCAACAUCAAAACCAAAACUGAAGAAAGUGCCAAUCGCACGCUACUUUUCAGAAUUGACACCAGACGAGCAAUUGUCGUCAAUCAUCCAGCCCUCAACACAUGGUCGAAUUAUGCAAGAACUGCAAAAAACCCCAAAGCGGUUUGCUCUGGAUCCUGCUCACGUUGGCGUAUUGUUUCCUCGUCUGGUCCCGGGGUGUGACUUGCCACCGAGUAUCGAGGAAUGCGCGAGGUCGUAUUUCCACGCAAAUUCUUCGAACUGGUUACGCAACUUUGAUCUAUUAGCUCCGCUCUGUACCCAAACCAAGACCGAUAAUUACCUACUCACCAGCAUGAGUGCUGUUGGACUUGCCAUACUCUCACACUCGGCCCAUGCACCAGAGCUACUCUUUCAAGCACGAAAACACUAUGGCAUUGCAAUUCAUCUAACGAACGAGGCACUGAGAUCACCAACAGAGGCCAAAAAAGACAGUACCUUAUUUGCGGUCUUGAUUCUGAGCAUAUUUGAGUCAAUCACAGGGACUACCCCCAAGUCAUUCGCGGAUUGGGAAAAGCACAUUAACGGCGCUGCAGCACUGAUUCUUAUUCGGGGUGACAAGCAGUUCGACACUAUUUCUGGACGGAGGAUUUUCUUUCAGGUUCUGUCGAGGAUGCUUUUGAAUUGUCUUCAACGCGCGAUACCGAUGCCAAAGGCAAUGACUGACUCACGGCUGAAAGCGGCGCUCUUAAUGGGCCGAGAACAAUACGCUUGGGAAGUCUCUGCAAGUAUGAUUGACUUGGUCAAUUUGCGCUCUGAAGUCAGAGCAGGUCUUCUCAAGGACCCUAGAGUGAUUGUUGAAAAGGCUCUCGAGGUGGAUCGGGGAUUUGUGGAAAUGGAUGCGGGUCUCGCAGAAGAGUUCAAAUACCAAAUACUUUACUCGAACGAGAAUCCGGAAGAGGUGUGGAAUGGAUAUUAUUACGAGUAUGAAAACCCUUGGGGUGCUCUAGACUUGAUCCGAUUGCGCUGCUGUAGGAUCCUGGUCAAUGAGUUGAUCAUGGAUCAAGUAUCCGUUCCGCCAACUGCAAAGACACCGAAUUUCACUGAUGUCGAGGUUAAAACUUAUACUUGCAGUACCAAACAAGUGAUGCUUCUAUGCCAAGAUGAGAUUCUGGCUAGUGUCACUCAGCACUUUGCUUUUUCUGGCGGACGCCAAACUUUUCCAUCAUUAGAAAGUGGUUCGCGUGGAUAUUUUAUCCUUUGGGCGCUCAAUUUAAUUGCAGUGACGAAGAUUGCGACGGGCCCCGUGAGAGAAUGGGUGACGGGCCGUUUAAGGAGUCUUGCCGAUGAUUUUGGCGUUUCUCAAGCGAUGGUUUUGGUGGAGCAUCUUGAAUUAAGGAAAGGUAAUAGAGAGUGGGAUGAGAAACCUUCUAUUCUAGAGUAAUGGAAGGACCGAGAUUUGAGGUCAAAAUGGAAAUUAAUGAGAUAGAUACUGAGAUUAAUAGAGUUGUCCUGGCAUAGUAGGAGCUAG